UUCACUCCAUUUUAACGCGGAAGUCAGUGACGCAUAUAGUCUACUGUACAUUCAGAUGCAGAUGGGGGCUAUGAAAUAAACAAAACAUCAUCGCCAUUUAGUUCGGGAGAAAGCGGCGAGCAGUGCAGGCUACGGUAGGAGUAGUGUUUUGGCCAGCCAUGCCUGUUGCCGUGGCAGCAGCAGCAAGACAGGAAGUGUGUGUGUGAGUACGCCCAGUCCGGUGGUUUCCGUGGGGAUGAACAUGCCACUGCACCAGAUCUCUGUCAUCCCCCGUGAUGUCCCUUCCUCCCGGGUCAGUAGCAGCGGAAAGGCCAAGGACAAAGACAAACAGAAUGAGAAGCCCCUCGGUCAUUCUGCCAGCAGGUCCAGCAAUAUUUCCAAGGCGGGGAGCCCCACCUCCGUCAACGUCCCCUGCAACUUCUCACGAACGUCGGUCACCCCCUCCAACCAGGACAUCUGCAGCCUUACCACCACAUCUCCAGAUCAGUGCUCCCAGAAGCCUUUGCAGACCGCCGUGGUUCUAUUGAACUCAAACGGCAAAACCUCUCAGGGGUCAGGAGGAGACAUCUCCAUGACAACGCUCUGCCUGGACGCACCCCCAGCCUUCAAGCCCCCCAAAGCCCGGGGUGGGGUUUCAUUCGGAACGGAAUGGUUUUCAUUGCUCCGCCCCUCCACAGUCAAUGGGACACUGAAGUUUUCUCGCUCUCUGAACGAUGUUGGCCAGCGCAUGGAUAGUCUCUGUAGUGGACUGCACUUCAUAGACCGGACCUGUUCUGAAGGAGAGCUGGAGGUUAAACCCGAACCACCCAACAUGGACAAGAAGUCCAAGGCACUCAACGGCAAGGCAGCCACACUCCCACACCAGGCCUCAAACCUACCUUCGUUCCCCACGCACACACACACCCACACACACCCUCACCUCGUCCCCUCGUUCACCAACAACUACAAAUACCUCAACCCCCAACACUGCAUCCAACCUCCCUCUACCGGCGUCCCCCCUCCUCCUCCUCCUAACUCCCAGCUCCACCCUCCCAGCUCCAACCUCCUCCGCCUCUUCCUCCCUUUCUCUCGCUCCUCUACUUCGGCCAGUCUCCAGUGUUCUGAGCUGGGGAGCUACGAUUCCCGCCUCCACAUCGCCAAAUCCUCCAGCGCCCUGAUGGGGGGCAGUGAGCCUCCCCUGGGGGGAGCAGAGGACCUCUUGGGAGAUGAUGAGGUGUUUGAGGUCCCCAAGGUAAGGACCGGGGCUUGGACAAGGGCUGGAAUCCCAGGAAGAGAUGCUGGAGGCGGGGUAGCAGCUCUCCUCGGGGAAGCCCCCCUCUGCUACAUGGACGAAGACAGCGAUCUGGACCAGUUUUCGUUUCUGGACCAGUGUUCGUCACCCACCCACUCAGAGAAAACAGGGCCGCUCACGCCAGGCCCGCUCUCUCCCUAUUCGCUGUCCGGAGACUGCUGCAGGAUCUGUCACUGUGAAGGAGAUGAUGAGAGCCCGUUGAUAACACCGUGCCACUGUACGGGCAGCCUGCGUUUCGUCCACCAGGCGUGCCUGCAGCAGUGGAUCAAGUCCUCAGACACACGCUGCUGUGAACUCUGCAAGUACCAGUUCAUCAUGCAGACCAAGCUGAAACCCCUGCGCAAGUGGGAGAAGCUCCAGAUGACGUCUAGUGAGAGGAGGAAGAUAAUUUGUUCUGUGACGUUCCAUGUCAUCGCCAUCACCUGUGUGGUGUGGUCCCUCUACGUGCUCAUCGACCGCACUGCAGACGAGAUCAGAGCAGCCGGAAGAAUCCCAGGUAUCCUGGAGUGGCCAUUCUGGACCAAACUGGUGGUGGUAGCCAUCGGCUUCACUGGCGGCCUGGUCUUCAUGUACAUCCAGUGUAAAGUCUACAUCCAGCUGUGGCGAAGACUCAAGGCCUACAACCGGGUGAUCUACGUCCAGAAUCGCCCGGAGACGUGUAAAAAGCAGAUGUUGGAGAAGCCUCCCCUCAUGGAGCCCAAUGUGGAGCACAAGGAGGCUCUGGCCCCCACCCAGUCAGACACAAACUCCUCCCAGUACACAGAGACAGAAGACUACAGUAUGGAAGUGCUCCAUGUCUGACCGACAUAUACACACAAUGUCUGACCCACAUAUACACACAUACAGGGACACACCAUGUCUGACCCACAUAUACACACAUACAGGCACACACCAUGUCUGACCCACAUAUACACACAUACAGGGA